AUGCUUCCUAAAACCAAAGGCCCCAGCACUAUUCAAGCCCUCAUGGCACGUUGCCCAGCCAACACACCAACUUCUCAAUGUACCCGUUGUCAAUUUGAGCCUAUCAAUGGAGAUAAACUAUUUUACUGUCACUGUGGUGCUCGUGGAAUCAAGAUGUCACAAGGCCGUACGGAGCCUGUGAAUGAUCACUGGAAAAGUGACAAAUGUAUCACAAUAACAAACGCACCAAAAAAUACCAGACCACUAACUGACUUCUUCAAAAAGAGACCAGCAGAAGACGCGGUUCCCACAGCAAACCCUUGUCCAAAGCCAAAGAGUCAAAUCCAAGGUGUUCCAUGUGCCGGAAUGAAUGAUGAUACGUGGGUUCGACCGGAUACUGAUUUCCUUAUUAUCGACUGCAUCCUUGGGUCACCCUCAGAAUACCAUGGUAGCCGUCCAAGAUGGGUAGUCUGUGAAGAGCUAUUUAAGACUAGAGAAGAAAGCAAACUCACCACUAAGCAAGUCACUCAGCUACAAAGUGUUCUUCAAGCUGAAGCGACCUGGAGAAUCGAUCGAAAAGGCGAUCCACGAUUCUGGUCAACUCUGGGUACCCACGGUUCAGCUGGAUUGUUCAAGAACAUGGAUGUUUUUGAAGGACUUGUUAAAGCAGUUGCAUCACGAGCCACACGCGAAAAGGACGGAAAAUCACUUCGCGGAUUGAGGGUUCAACAACCAUGGGACGACUUUACAAUGACUCUAUGGGCAAUCAGCCCCGCCGCUGGUCGUUUUGUACGAGCAAAUCUACACUCACGAGACGCUCGAAGCUUGCGGGAAACACAGCGAUUAAGUGGAAUGCAGUUGGCCGAUGGACUCGACCUCUCAAACUUUGUACGCAUCUCUGAACAGAUCAAAAAGCUGGGCUACAAUGGUCCACUUGCAUUGGGGUCCGAUCAGACAGUAUGUGUAAAGACUCUCCGCGUCUAUAAUGGCUGUAUAGUAGGAGCUCAAGGGGGUGAUGUUGCGUUCAGUGGUGCCAAGGACUUACAAGCCAAAGUCAAAUCAAUAUUGGAAAAUGAUUCUUUAUGCACCAAGGUACGAGCAUACACCAUCCAGGUUCCACUUCCAAACGUACCAACCUUUGUAGUGGCAAUGCUGGCAAGCUAUAACAAUGAGAAGAGUGAAGAUAUCCUGACUUUACAUGACACAGCCAUCUCACUGGCCCAGAAGGCCGGUCUUAAUAUUCUCUCAAUUGGCUCAGAUGGCGCAGCCAACGAAUUGUCGGCCCAAGCAAUGCUUGCAAAUCUAGCAAAUGAAACACUCUCGUUUUCUUUUGUUGGCCUAGGAGUCAAGAUUCACGUGCCCUUGAUUGGUCAGCCACCUAGACAAAUUGUGGCUGUUCAAGAUCCCAAGCAUGCUCGAAAAACUGCAGCCAACCAGAUCUUGUCAGGUGCUCGAUGUCUUGCAUUUGGUCGAUUCUACUUUGGAAUUGGUCAACUGACUGAAAUUCUGACAUCUGAAAACUCGCCACUUUACCAACACGAUGUACACAACUCGGAUAAGCAAGACGACGGACGGGCAUAUCGGACGUUUUCUUCCGAAACAGUCAAAGCUGCCUUGAACCUUUCUGAUGGAACUGGUCUUGCAGUUUAUCUUUUUGUGUGCGGCAAGCUAUGUGAUGCCUGGUUAAAUCGUCACAUGGGACACAGUGAACGUGUUAGAUCAGCAUGGACUGCGGCAUUCUUUCUUCGUAAAUGGAACAGCUAUCUUCAAAAGCGAAAGCAGGAGACUGGCUCAAUGAUGUCCCCCGAAAAGAACGGAAUUUCGCCUCAGAGUUUGAAAAUUUUCACCCAGCUUGCCGAAUCACUGAUAGCACUUAUAAUAUCACACCGAGAAUACUAUCCCGAAUUCCCGCUCCUCCCAUGGAAACAUGGCACUGAGAUGUGUGAACACCUCUUCGGUUUGCUACGUAUCAUUUCACCCAAUUUCACAGUUUUGGAUGCCCGUCAGCUCGUGCCCAAGCUCUUUGCGAUCAUCAAGGGAAUCAUGACCGGGACAUUCAAAGUUCCUAGUUCUGAACAUAUACACGCGGGAUACAAGCACUGUUUUGAAGACGAGGGUGACAAACCCACUGGCGAUCUUGGUUACUUUCCUUCAGACCACGAGUUACGCGAAGACCUUUCAGUUGCUGAACAGCGAGCAACCCACCUCGCACGUCUUUGUGGUAUGGAUGUACCAACUGAUGCCAUAGAUGACUCAGUUGAUCUUCCCACCGACUUGGAAAUUUUCGACAAUGACACACAACCCGACCCAUCUCAAACUGAAGGUAUUUCUGAGUGUACUAUCUGUGACAUUUCUGAAAGUCGUUCAAGGGACAUUGAAGUAGUGUAUCGUUUCGACCCGUCCGAGACCGACGAAAGCGAAGUUUUUGAGACUGCAGCCGCAAUGAUGGGGGAGCGACAAAAAUUGGAUGUGCAACUCACUGAGAUCGACGAGAAUGCGGUGGUGGAAACUCAUCUCAAUCGAGCACGCCUCACUUUGUCUGAUCUUUUGAACACCCCAUCGACUGACGCAUUGUGUAGACUCACCAACAGCACUGGAACUGCUUUAAACAUCUCGUCCAUUGUCGAGAUUCGUCAAAAGCAUGAUAGUGAAGUAAAAAAGAAACACGGAAACGAACGAAAGAGAAAGCAUUUGAACGAUGUCAUUGGGUCUGUAUCCAGCACUGAUACCUUAUCGCCAAGCGAGUGUAGCAAGCUUGUUGCUGUGCUAGUCAAAGAUUCCAACACAGCAACUGAUUCGUCGAUUUCCCGCAUGCAUCGCUGGAACAUUCAUGUCAAGCUGAGCUUGGCUGAUGUUCAAAGGAAUACUACAACCAGUCGCGAUAUGAGCUGGUUGGUUGGAAAUGGUGUGAUCUCUGUCACAAAUCCCAUCAAGCCAAUGAAAUUCUUCCUGGCAAUAUGUAACAAUAAACUUUACAUUGGUAAAGUUUUGGCAGUCUAUGAAUAUAUCAAUGAUAAACAUCGAUGGGUCGCAAGUGCUACGAAGCGAGACAAGCUCUCCUACAUCUCAGCCCAACUUUACUCGCACCAACCAGACAUGCCCAUUGCUAUGUCAUAUGUUUCUGGAAAGCCUCACGAGUACAUGUUUGCUCAUCUCGAAGCUUCAAAAAUUCACUAUCUUUUCCCUGAAACAAGAGGUUCCAACUUAGAUGAGCCGCGCUCGGGGAUGGUUUUGUUGCCAGAAAGUAUAAGUCAGAUGGUAGAUGCAAUGGCAUCUUCAGAUUACAAUAUCAAAACCUUCAAUUGUAACCUUGCUAGUCAACGUAGCAAGAAAAAAUAG